AUUCAGCUGAAUCGUAGCUACCAUAAUCAACCAUUGAUAUUUUCCAAAAAAAGUGAUGGAGGAGCAUCAACCGUAUUUCGAUCCUCUAUAUGAUGCGUAUUCUCUUCGUGUAAUUGAUUUGCGUGAAAUUUUAAACCAACACCAGAUAUACUUUCCAUCCACUGCUAAGAAAGCACACUUAGUUGAGUUGUUCGACAAACUACGACAGGCCAAGAAUGGUUCUCUUUCAAUUGAUGAAUUGCAAAAGGAAAAUGCUCUUCCGAAUCGUAGUCCGCGGCGAAAAUUAUUGGAAAUGACUGCAAUAGAGCCUGAAACUACAACCCUCUCAGCAGCUAAUACUCCAAUCCGCAUUACUAGAAGCUCUGCGAGAGAAAUAGGUAAUUCAGCAAGACGGUUUCUCCCAUUUACACAAUUGAGUGAGUCCUCUGAUGAGGAGGAAAUAAUCGAAGAUUUGAGACAGAAAAAAGCACAGCAAGAAUCUCCUGGUUUCCUUGCUUAUAAUGAAACUAGUCAAACAUCUCCAAACCAUAAUAAGUGGGAAGAAUUAAUGGAUACACCUGCUGUGACGCAUUUCCCGGAAGUCAUUAAGGCCCAUUCCGUCCAGCCGGCUAACAAUUCUUAUGCUGAAAAUUUGAAAGAUGAAAAAACUAGGUCUAAAGGAAAGGCAUCUUGGGGUAGAACGUCCAUCCCGACUGUUGAAAUCCCCGUUCAUUCCAGGUCGCCAUCUUCCUCGCAAGCUUUUUCAGCCAAUUCGGGGUUACAACAUAAGUCAUCACCUGUAUUACCAGAGUCUACUAAUUCAAUGAGCCCCACUUUUCCUUUGAGAUCCGCGAAGUUUCAUGGGGUUGAGCCUCAAACAUCGCCAUUCGUUUUGUCUAAAAAUCUAAAGUCAUCGCCGGACGUUCAAAGCUCCUCCAAUACAAGUAUUUAUGCAUCUCCAUUAAAGUCGCCGUCAAAAUUUAAGAAUUUUGCGAACCUGUUUCCUUCUCAUCGCACUCCUUUAGGUGAAACUAAUUCGCAAUCUGUCAUUCAUACUACACCUACUCAUAAAAAUCUACAAUAUCCUUCUGAUAGUGAACCCGAAUUUUCACCGACAUCAAUGAAGACUUUGGUAUCCAAAGACAAUGAUAAAUUUUCAUCCUCUCCAGUCUCUAAUUCCUCGUCAAUGUUUGUUAGUCACUUAAAGAGUUUUUAUGCCAAGGAUCAAGCAGCCCCUACAAAGGCUACAGCAAGAACACCUUUAAGCUUCUUUUCUGCUAUAGAUCGACCUCAAGGAACCUAUUCUCCAAACGAAGAAUUUGCCGAAAGUUUAUUUUCGCAGAAAGGCGUACGGUCUGACAGAACAAAAUACUUUCUCAACGACGUCAGUCUUUCAUCUACUGAAAACUCGCUUUUUGGAGAACAAGAAGAAUCUUUAAAAAACGAUUCUCGUAAGUAUUAUAACAAGAUGGGAAAGUUUCGAGUAUAUGGACUGUUCUUGUUUGUGUUGUUCAUUGCUAUGUCACUUGCAUUCUGGCAGCAGGAAGUUAAACGAGUUGGAUUUUGUGAAAUUCCUGAAGAGGCUUACCCUAGUUACAUUUCUUCUCUCAAACCAGAGCCUGUUCGAUCAACCUUAAAGUCUGUGUACAGUUAUUUGAACGAAAAAGGACUAAAAGCCAAGUGUAUACCAUGCCCAUCUUCUGCGAAAUGCGCCAGUAAUAGACGUUUUGUUUGCGACAGUGAAGCAAAGCCGCAUAUACCGUUUUUGUCAAAUUUCGGAUUCAAGCCCUAUCCUAGUUGUGUCACCGCUAGUUCUGUUACAGAUCGUCUAGAGAACAUGGUUAAGGCUUGUGUUAACAUGGUUGAAGAAUGGUAUACGCAAGAUGGAUUAGAAUCUCAGGUUCCUGUACAGCAAGAAUUAUCCGAGAGUCAUUUUCAUUCUUCAGUUAUUGAUGAAUUCUAUGAAAAGUUCAAAGGGGAAAUGGAUUUGGAAAUCGCAAAGGAUGAGUUUAAAGUUUAUCUCAAACAAGCUUUGGAAAGGCUAAACGCCCUAAAAACAAAAAAUAAGAAAAUUCAUGAAGGCAUUUUUACUAUCUAUUCUCACUUUUUUAGCUUGACGAAUUAUCUCGCAAAUAUCAUAAACACCAGCAUUGCCGCUACCUUGCAUUCUAAAAGCAAGUCAAUUGCUCGUUCGAUAAAUUCAUAUACUUCUUCCGUGCAUCUUAACUUGUUAAAAUAUGCUUUCAUGAAGAGACUCCAGUUGAUUUACUCUACUACCGGAAGCAUAUGUAACCAUCUGGGCAUGAUUAUGGGUGAAAUAUCUCUUAAUAUACUGGCGAAUAUUAAAGAGACGUUUCUUAAAUCAUGGAAAAAUCUCUUAAUGGGAGUUUUGGGUAUAUUAUUGCUACGUAUUGGUACCUCGCUCAUUACUUAUUUAUGGUCAUUAUUUAUCUCUUUUUACAGCACAGAACAGCUUGUAAGAAUUUGCGUCAAGCACUGUGUUACUCGUUUACGAAAUACAAAAAAGAAAUCUCUUCAAGAUGAAUCUACAAAUCCUCGUUUACAUCUGGAAGAACUCCGUACGGAAUGUUUUGUUUCUAAUCUUAAAAACGAUAAAGACCUUAAUUACUUGAGAGAAGCAAGCAAUAUUACUCAGAAGAGAGUUUGGCAACGAAGCGUAAAGGUAAUUGACCAGAUGGUGAGUGUUCGGGUUUGUGAUGAAAAAUCAACAAACAAACGCACUUGGGAAUGGAUUGGUGUUUUACCAGACAAUGGAUAUUAAAAUAUUUUAAAUGGAGCAGAAUGGUAUUUCUCUUUAUAUAAUAUAGUUAAAAAAUUGGUUGGUAUUGCCAAGCUAUCAACAAAAAGAAGAUUGCAUUAGAAAAAUAAAAGUUUUUAUUAGUUA